AUGACAUCUAUCAUCUCUACAUUCAACGAAAAAGAAAAACAAUCAAUUAGCGAGCUUAAAGAGCAGCUUCCUGAUAUUGUAAAAGACUCUGGCGUUCCUGAGAACUACACUCUUUGGGGCGUUUCCUUGGAUAAAAAUUCAACAGAUGAACGACUCGAUGUUAUUCUUGUGAAAUAUUUACGGGCAAGAAAUUUUGACGUUCCGCUUGCGAAAGAGAUGCUAACAAAAUCCUUGAAAUGGCGCCUUGAAUUCAGAACAGAUGAUAUACUUACAGAAUCAUUCCCUUCCGAUACAUUUUGUAAAGUUGGAUUCAUUCAUAAACAUGACAAAAAAAAUCGACCUAUCACUUAUAAUCUAUAUGGUGGUCUUAAGAAUGAAGAAGUAUUUGGAAAUCUAGAUAGAUUUCUAAGAUGGCGAGUUCAAUUAAUGGAAAAGGGAAUUCAAUUGUUGGAUUUUAAAACAGUUGAUCAGAUGAUUCAAGUUCAUGAUUAUAACUUAGUCACAUUCGCGUCGUAUGAUAAAACUGCCAAGACCGCUAGUAAAAGUGUUACCCAGAUUAUGCAGGAUAAUUAUCCAGAGUUUUUGGCGAUAAAAUUCUUUGUUAAUAUUCCUUGGUGGGGAGACUGGGUAUUUAAAUUUAUUUCAGUGUUUUUGAAUGAACAAACAAAGGCAAAGUUUGUGGUCACAUCCGCUAAUGGUGUCAAAGAUAACAUGUUGGUGGUUAUUGAUGAAGAGAAUUUACCGGUUGAAUAUGGUGGUAAAAGUAUUGUACCCGAACUUGAAAAUAAGAAAAGUGAAAACCAGCCAUCUUCUGAAUAA